AUGGAAGCAAAAACGACAACAAUAACGGUGCCCGAAACGGCUAAGUCAAAUUUACAAUCCGCAGGAAGGGAAGACCAAGGCACUAUUUCUAUAAAAGCAGACGAUGCACUAGUCAACAGUGUAACCACGACCCGGGUGAGUCGCGGUGAGAAGUUGAGACCACUCGAAACCAUCUCGCACGGUGGCUUGACGCUCAAAGGACCCCCUCGUCAUGUCUCCUUUGAAUCCGACCGGAACCACAGACUGAACCAUCUCGCUGCCGUCUUCCGACACUGGUCGCGUGAAGGUUACGUGUUUGGGUUCUCCGGUCACAUCUCGUAUCGAGACCCGGAAUUCACGGAUGCGUUUUGGACUAACCCCCUGGGCCUGCACUUCGGUCUCCUCAAGGCAUCCGACAUGGUUCUUGUGAACCUCGAUGGGGAGAUCAUUGGGGGCAAUCGAUCACGGCCGGCCAACACGGCAGGCUUUCUCAUCCAUGCUGCCGUCCACAAAGCCCGGGCGGAUGUACAUGCAGCAUGUCACUGCCACAGCCCUGCUGGCAAAGCCUGGUCUGCGGUCGGACGGCGCCUAGACAUGCUCACGCAGGACGCAUGCAAGUUCUUCGGCGAUGGUCACGGCGUCUACGAUUCGUAUGGUGGUGUAGUUCUCGCGGCCGAGGAGGGCGCCAACAUCGCUCGUGCCCUCGGCCCCCAUGGCAAAGGCUGCAUCUUGAAGAACCACGGCCUGUUGACGGUGGGUCAGACUGUGGACGAGGCUGCCUGGCUAUUCGAUGCCAUGGAGCACUCUUGUCGUGACCAGCUGGCUGUUGAGGCAGCAGUCGCGGGGAAUUCGAGCAUCACCAAAGCUUUGAUCGACGAGGAGCAGGCACGCAACACUUUUGAUCUAGAAGGGGAUCCCGACUAUUGCUACGCCGAGUUUCAGGUGUACUACGAUUACGAACACCAGCUGAGUAAUGGGGAUUUUACCAUUGGGAAAUGCUAG